AGGAUGGCUCUGGACAGCGGACGUAGGGAUCUGCUGUGGAACACGCUGAGGGAGCUGGGGGAGGAUGACUUUGAGUCCUUCAGGUUCCACACGGGCCUGCCUAGAAGCGUGCGUGAAAACACCUGCCGUGAGUACAUUGCUGACAAGCUCUUGAUUAAGCACGGUGAGAACACUCUGGAUGAGACCGUCAAGAUUCUGGAGAAGAUCGAGAACAACGAUUUGGCCGAGAAGCUGCGCAGUGACAUGCUGAAAGUUAAAGGCGCCGACUUCUCCGUCCACGAUGACGAUCAGAUUGCCAUAUUGAAGACGGAGCUCCAAGAAAACCUGCGGCGUUUAUACAGGUUUGCUUCUGAGGGCAACACCGAGCGCUGGCAGCAGCAGCCCCUGGAGGACGUCUACACGCAGCUAGACGUCACCUACGGGGCAGACGUCAGCCCAGACGGGCGGCAUGAGGUCCUCCAGAUGGAGACGUGUGCCGCCGCGGCCAAGCAGUCUAUCCUGCCGUGCGAUAUCUUCAAAAACCAUGAUGGGAAGACCCGCCCGAUACGCACACUUCUCACCAUUGGCUUUGCAGGAAUUGGGAAAUCCUUCUUGGUUCAAAAGUUUGUGUCGGACUGGGCCAGCGGUAGUACUAACCAGGACGUGGACUUCAUAUUUCCUUUCACCUUCCGCGAGUUAAACAUGGAGAAAGGGGAGAGAUUUACGUUGGCUGAGCUGAUCCAAACUUUUGUCUGCGGAGACAGGCACAUGAGCGAGAGACUGAACAAUAUAUUUGUCGACCUGAAAACUUCUGGGAAACGGGACUUUGAAAGCAGCGGGAUCAAGAUCUUGUUUAUCCUCGACGGACUGGACGAGUGCAACUUCAAAAUCGACUUGAAGAAAGUGAGGAAAGUGGAAAUGGAUAUGAGGGAAAGCUACCCGCUGGAGGAACUGCUGGCCAAUCUCAUCAAUGGGAAGCUGCUUCCCUGCGCCAGGGUUUGGAUCACCACGCGGCCCGCGGCAGCCCGCGACAUCCCCUCCGACCUCAUCGACAGCAGAACAAAGGUGCGAGGAUUCAGCGAUUCCCAGAGGCUGGAGUACUUCAGGAAAAGGUUUCCAAACGAGGAGCGCUUCAUUGAGCACAUUCGGAAAUCUCGCACCAUCUUCAUCAUGUGCCACAUUCCCAUCUUCUGCUGGCUCACCGCAACAGUUAUUCAGGAUCAUUUGGACAAAAGGAAGGAGGGAGAGCUUCCCACAACGCUGACUUACAUGUACUCAGCGCUUAUAGGUCUUCACCUGCAAAACUUCAAGGAGAGAAAUACAAAUAAGUACAUCCCUGACGUGAAAGCGCUCGCCAAAUUGGCCUUUGAACACACCAUGAAUAACUGUCAGAUCUUCUACGAGAAGGACCUGGCGGAUAGCGGUUUUGAUUACGGCCAAGCUGCAAAACACUCCGGAAUAUUCACUGAGGUCUUUAAGGAGGUCCCUCCGCUCAGUAGAAACAAACAGAAGAUGUUUCAGUUCAUUCACCUGACCAUCCAAGAGUAUCUGGCUGCACUGUACGUGAUGAUGAGCCUCUUCCACGACAAAAAGAAUGUACUGGAUGGUUCAGGGCGGGAAGAAAUUUUCAUGCCUGUUGAGGAGAAGACAAUCACUGUGGUCCACAAGUCAGCUCUCCAGAAAGCCUCGGAGAGUGAAGGAAACCUGGACCUAUUCCUCAGCUUCCUCUUUGGCCUUUCCUUGCCUUGCAACCAGGAACUAGUGGGGGAACUGCUGAAGGCUCCUCAAGGCUGCGGGCAAAGCAAGUCAAAGACAGUCGAGUUGAUCAAGGAAAGGAUCAAACAGAACACUCCAGAAAAGAAUGUCAAAUUGUUCUACUGCCUAAACGAGCUGAAGGACGACUCCUUGCUGAAGCAGAUCCAGUAUCAACUAGUUUCAGGUCGUUUGUCCAGGCGUCAAAUGUCAAAUGACAUGUGGUCGGCUCUGGCCUUCUUCUUACUUACAGACGACAAAACCAUGAAGUCCUUUGAUCUGUUUAGAUACAGUCCAUCGCGAUUGGGGCUCGAGAAGCUGCUGUUGGUGGUCAAGGCCUCUCAAAAAUCAGUUCUAAGACACUGUCGCCUGGACAAAGGCAGCUGUCAUCUGCUGGCUUCCGUUCUCAGUUCUCCAUCCAACCUGAGGCAUCUGGACCUGAGCUCAAACCAUCUGUCUGACGAGGGGGUUGAGAUUCUCUCAAAAGGACUGGCCAGCCCACACUGCAACUUAGAAGUCCUCAAUCUGACACACUGCAAGAUCACCAGUAAAGGAUGUGUUUCAUUGGCUGAGGCUCUCAAGGUAACCUCCUCCCAUCUACAAGAGCUGGACCUGAUGUGGAACAAAUUGUCGGAUGAAGGGGUUGAGAUCCUCUCGAAAGGACUGGCCAGCCCACACUGCAUCUUGAAAAUCCUCAACCUGUUUGACUGUGGGCUCACCAGUAAAGGAUGUGUUUCAUUGGCUGAGGCACUGAAGGUAACCUCCUCCCAUCUUCAAGAGCUGUACCUUAGCUACAACGAUCUGUUGGACAAGGGGGUCGAGAUGCUCUCGAAAGGACUGGCCAGCCCAAACUGCAUCUUAAAAGUCCUCAAGCUGUCAAAGUGCAAGAUAACCAGUAAAGGAUGUGUUUCAUUGGCUGAGGCACUGAAGGUAACCCCCUCCCAUCUUCAAGAGCUGGGCCUGACCAGGAACAAUCUGUCGGACGAGGGGGUUGAGAUCCUCUCGAAAGGACUGGCCAGCCCACACUGUAUCUUAAAAGUCCUCAAGCUGGUGAAUUGCAAUAUCACACAGCAAGGAUGCAUUUCAUUGGCUGAGGCACUCAAGGUAACCCCCUCCCAUCUUCAAGAGCUGGACCUGAGCAAGAACAAUCUGUCUGACGAGGGGGUUGAGAUCCUCUCGAAAAGACUGGCCAGCCCACACUGCAUCUUAAAAGUCCUCAAGCUGCACAACUGUGGGAUCACCCAUAAAGGAUGCAUUUCAUUGGCUGAGGCACUCAAGGUAACCCCCUCCCAUCUUCAAGAGCUGGACCUGAGUGUCAACAAUCUGUCGGAUGAAGGGGUUGAGAUCCUCUCGAAAAGACUGGCCAGCCCACACUGCAUCUUAAAAGUCCUCAAGCUGUGCUACUGUGGGAUCACGAAUCAAGGAUGUGUUUCAUUGGCUGUGGCUCUGAAGUUAAACCCCUCCCAUCUUCAAGAGUUGAAUCUCAGCAACAACCAAAUAGAGGAAAAACAAAAUAGGGUUUUAUUGGAGAUCAAGGAGGAUCCCAGCUAUAGCCUGAAGACUGUCAAAUUUAACGACUAGGAAUAAGAACAACGUUUGGUCCUUGGCGUCAAGAAGGGCGAGUCAUUCCAAAUGUUCAUUAUUAGAAGACGUCGAAUCCAUUUGGUCUCCUUCAGAUCUAGUUUGGUCUCACGUACUCUCUGACGAUUGCUCGAGGACUAGGUGUCGGCGCUACGGGCAAAGCGGCCUCGCUCACAGAAUUCGAGGAGGUCGUCGUCGUCGGGUUCUUUGCAGCCACAUGGAGGUGGAGUUCAACGACGUUCCCACCAAACUGCUGGCAUUUGUUUUCAUCCAUUUGUACUGAGAGGGGCUGUCCAAAAGGAUUGGACUAUGAGCACUGUCAAUGACAGCCAAUAAUUUCAAUAAGUAUCCUUUCAAGGGUUAACCUUUUUUCACAAAUUUAAAAAACAAUGUCAUACGUACACUUGAAAUAGUUUUGCUCAUUUUGACAUAGUUGUUUUGAAUUUGAUCAUUUUCACUUCUUUGUGCAAUAUGUUGUUUUGCGUUUUACUGCACUCAUAAAUAAGCAUUCAAACGCUGCAUGGACCAUGUGUUUAUGUCCAUAUUUCCAUCCUUUCCUGUCCUUUUUCAAAACCGAAAGCACCACCAAAGAGCCGUUGUGGGGUCAAGAAGGACGGACGUAACGUGAAAAAAUUGCCGAGCGAGGCGACGGCCGGUUGGAUUGAGCGAGCGACUUUGAAACGUGCGGAAUGAAUCAAAAACUAAAUUCAGCGCAAGCUUAUGCAUUAUUUCAUCAGCUUAUUCUCCAAACCCUUUGUAUAUUAGAUAUAAAAAUGUUAGAUUAUACACACACACACAUAUAAGUAU